AUGGAAGAGGAAAUUGAAGACUACGAGGAAGCAGAAGGAGAGGUUGAAAAAUAUCCCAGUUACAAAUCCUCGUCAAUUUUACAGGACCAUACCAGAGCUUUGACGCAAUCAGAGGCUGGCGACUGUCUCCAUACGUUAGGAAAAUGCGAUUCUGGUCUGGGUUAUGCUUAUUUAGGUCUGAACGCCUCUAAUAAGAAUUUGACUGACAUACGAAUCAUACCGAUGUUCAAGUAUGUCCUAUACGUGGAUGUUUCUGGAAACAGAUUGACCACCGAGGCUCUAUGUGUCCUUUCAAAGAUGACGUAUCUUCUAAUGCUCAGAGCUGAUAGAAAUCAUGUGUCUUCUGCAGAAAUGAAAUCGAUGGCUUACCUUCAGGUUUUCACUUUAAACAAAAACAAAUUGACAAGCACGUCGGGUAUUUCCCAUCGGCUUCUAGAAUGUCUGGAAUUGAGCCACAAUAAUAUCGAGGAAGUGACGUUGAAUCCAUACGACUUGGAGAACCUCAAAACCCUCGAACUUCGUGGUAACGUGCUCGUUACUACCAAUGGAAUAUUCUUUCCGGGACUAAUUCGUCUGUAUUUAGCGGAGAAUCAGAUCGAGAAGUUGGAAGGUCUGGAAAUUUUGGUGAAUUUAAAGAUUUUGCAUCUGCGAAGCAACAAACUAUCGAAUCUGAGCGGAUUCGACUCGCGCUGUGCCAAGCUCGAGUACUUGAACCUCCGAAACAACGAGAUCGCGAAAAUCUCGGAACUAGAGAAACUGAACUGUUUGCCAUCGCUCGAGACCCUGAUUAUCUUGGAAAAUCCUGCUACAGAUGACACAGAAUCGGACGAAGAGAGCGCGUACAGACACAUCGUUUUGGCUAUGUUACCUAAUCUGACGCGACUCGACAAGGACCCGGUGCUUCAUCAUGAAAAGAAAGAGGCUAAGGAAUUUCGUAAACAAAUGAUUCUCGACGGGACCGGAUUCAUCGAUUUCGAUUCCAAUCUUCCCAAUCAAUGAAUUAGUUAUAUCUUGCGAAUAUUUGUGUUCGAUGUUUUGGAAAAUUUCGAAGCCAAUUUAAAUGGGAUUUGCAUUAAUUACUUCCUUGUAAUCUUUGGAGCGACAAGGGAUACGUUUUACAAUGAACGAAAACACCCUUCGGAACAUGUAAACAUUUUAUUACGAUAUUACAAAUAGCAGGGGAAUGUAAUUAUUUUAUCGCAAGUCAUACGAAUCAAACACUUAACGUUACAAAUAAUUGUCUAACUUUGUUAGAACUUACAUACACGCGUUUAAUAUUUAUUAUAUUUAUUUAUGUAUUUCUUAUCGUAUUUAUUUAAUCAGAUUAAAGAAAUAGUAACAAUAUUUUUCUAUUAUCGAGUAAGUUUAUGUAACCACGGCGCGAUCAGGUGAUUUUAACAAGCGUUCGUGCGCAACAAAAUUGUCUUGGUAUUUUUCCACGGUUAUAACUCGCCCCCUCUGUUACAGAUCGAGAAAUAAAAAUGUUUAUAAAAUUUCGA